AGGGGAGGGUUGGUCAACCGUGCUGAGGAAAGUUAACCCAGCCGUGCGGUGUGGAUAUAACUACGUCAAAUGAGGUGUAAAACCCAAUUUAUGAAACAUUCUCAACGUGUGAAGCAGGUGAGGUGAGAUUUCUCUCGGUGUAUUGUCUGAGGGUGACCUGGAGAAUGAGCUCUUGAUUUGGAGCCACAACACAUGACAGAUGGACAAGACUCUCAAACUGAUGCUGGGGUUAUUAACAGCUUUUGCCUUGUGCAAAUACUCCCAGGCUGAAUGGAACGCCACAAAAGAUACAGCAAAUAAAACCGUGUCCUGCAGGUCCCAUGACAACAGCAGCAACUGCACAGAUGCAAAGGAUGACCACAGAUGGAGUGGCCACUUUUCCAAGUGUCCUCAAGAGUAUACACAUUACUGUAUCCAUGGAACCUGCCACUUUGUGCAGGAGCAGAACAGUCCUGCCUGCAGAUGUGAAAAAGGAUAUAUUGGUUCAAGAUGUGAAUAUUUAGACCUUGACUUGCUGGUGGGAGGUCAGAAGCAGAUAGUCAUUGCUGGUGUUAUAGCUGGACUGGUCUUUCUGCUUCUAGUCAUUGUCUUCAUAUGCAUCUGUACACAAAGUAGGCUGAAAUUAUGUCGAAAAAGGAGAAGAAAAAAGGAGAAAAUGGACGAGGUAGAAACACUUCAUGCGCUUCAUACACUGAACACAAAUGAAGCUUCAUCUGCCCCUGCAGACACGUCUGACACAAAUGAGGUAUAAAUGCUGUGAAGCAGGACUGCAGGGUUUUCCUCCUGCUGGACAGGAUGACAGCCUGACUGAUAAAUGAACCUUAAGGCGUGAAGGACCGAGGUGUUCCUCUGAGGAAUGCGGGUGAAAGUGGACUUUAAAUGGACCUGGAGGAUGUGACAUGUCAGCAAGCCUUUGCUGUUAAAUGCACUGUUGCGUUCUCUUCCUUUCAAGAGACAACUGCCUUGCUGGAUAAAAAGCAGGUCAGCAGCUGCAAGUUGUUGUGGUGGCAGGAAAGUGGGCAUCGAUGUACUUUAAAAUAAAACAGUGUCAUCAUGGAAUCUUUGCCAUCAAUCUUUGCAGGGGUGGUCUGCAGUUUGAGUGAGGUUAGCACUCAGGUGUAAUUCCUAUGGUGGAAUGUUAUGUGUGUUAUGAACAACUGUCAUUUGACAAGGCCAGGAGAAAGAAGCUGCGUUCUUGUCAAUGAACCGGAUUGAUGGAUAAUUUGAGAUAAAUGGAGAUAAAAGUUACUUGGAUGGUACAUCAAUGGAUCAGUCACUCUGUAAUGCUCUAAAUGAACCCAUAAUAGAGGUAUUAUAUUAUGCAGUCUCUUCCUGCCAGAUAAACAAAGGUUUAUGGAGAGUGCUCUCAAGACCCUCUGGGGCAACGUGCAAUGAUAGGCUUUGAAUGCAUCUCUCUGUUGGCAGUUACCUCAGAGUCAGUUUAAUAGUCGCUGGAGCAUUUCAUGUUGCUUGCUUUUUGCUUUGUCCAAAGUUUUAAGGACCAACAGAAAAUCUUGUUUUCGAUUUCUUUGACCUAUUUAUUACUGUCUUCUACUAAUAUGUAGUGUUCUCAUGUAAUAUUUUAGUUGUGUUAAACAUUCCCUGCUGUUUUGACAACAGAAAAAGUAAACACAUUAGUUACUCUGUAGAGAGCUUUUUGUGUAAACUAUAUGCACAAUAAAUCUUUUUUUGUCGCA